GCUGAGAGACAGAGAGCGCAAUUAAUGGGAGACCUCGCGAUAGGGAUUUCCAAGACGAUGGUUGAGGCACUUUUGAAGAAGGUGGAAACCGCCAUGAAGGAGGAAGAGGAGCUGUGGAGGAUUGUGCAAGACGAUACUGUGUUCAUGAUGGACGAGUUGGAGAUGAUGCAGUCCUUCCUGAACGCCGCCGACUGUGAGCGAAUCAAGGACAGUGUGGUGAGGACCUGGGUUAGCCAGGUCCGCGAUCUGUCUUAUGACGCUGAGGACUGCAUCAGAUCCAUCCUCCUAAUGGACACGAAUCGGUCGUCGUUCUGGACCAUAUGUCUCCGGUUGCUGCAGGCGUGCUGCAGUUGCAAGUCGCCGGCGGCGUCGCCACUUGGCCAAGCCGUCGCGGAGAUAAAGCUGCUCAGAGCCAGGGUGGAGGAUGUUCGUAGCAGGAACUUAACCUACAGCCUCAUCAACGACUCCGGCUCCAAUCCGCAGCAUGUGGCGUCCGUCCCUGCGGCCAUCGGCACGUCGUCGGCAGUUGCCGUCCUCGCCGAGGCAUGGUGCAACGCGAAGCAGCAGCGAGGGCUAUCCGUAGAUCUCACCAUGCUGGUCGACGAGAAUAGCGACGCCCUUCGAGUGAUCUCACUGUGGCCAACCGGAGGCGGCCUUGGGAUGGCGUCCGUCGUGAUCAACGAAGCCUACGAAAAGCCAGAAAUAUGCCAAAAGUUCAGAGCUCGUGCCUGGUUGAAGUUAGCACAUCCCUUCAACCCCCGCGAAUUCAUCCGAAGCUUGGCGCAUCAGUUCUAUGCAAAUACUUGCAGUGAACAACGACGAGAAGACACAGGCCGCGUUCACGGACAAGACACAGGUAUCCAACGGCCGAAAGCUGGCACAGCUGUAGAUAUUCUGACGGCGGAGAUGGAGGCCGCUCAAGACACCAAUCUCGUGAGGCAGUUUGUGCAGCAACUCACCAUCCACAAAUACCUUAUCGUACUAGAAGAUCUGUCCAACAUGGCAGAGUGGUACGCCAUCAGGACGUACCUACCAGACAGCAAUAAUGGGAGCCGUAUAGUCGUGUCGACACAGAACCUCGAGAUUGCAAGAUUGUGCGCAAGCCAACCCUACCAAAUAUUAGAGCUCAAGAAAUUACCAGACCGUCACUCCAUCUGUGUCUUUUUCAACGAGGCUUUUGAACGUGUGGAAGUUGGCAUGGUAGCUGGUGGAUCUUCCUUACUGGGGAUGGACGACGAAGUAAGCCUAGUUGGGCGCCGCUCGGAUUUGGAAAAAUUCUCCAACCUGAUUUCUUCAGCAGGCCGCAGCAGCACAGCUCACGUGAUCUCUGUCUGGGGAUUUCCCGGUAUCGGGAAAUCAGCUCUUGUAAGAACCGUCCUCCGCCAACGGAGGAACGAUUCACCACCACCACCAUUUGAUUGGUACGCCUGGGUCGAUGUGUCCUACCCAUUCGAUUUCAGCGACAUCUGCCGAAAAAUGCACUCGUAUAUGGUCGAGUUCGAGCAAUCGAAAGGAGAGUACGCGAUUAUGCCCAGGAAUCAACAGCCGGACCAAGAGAUCAUCCAAGAGUGUAAAAAAUUUUUCACCGGGCGUCGAUGCCUUGUCGUGAUCGACGGCCUGCGGUCCAUGGAGGAGUGGAAUUUGAUAAAGUCGUUGAUCGUUGAAUCCUCUAAGUGUUGCAUCCUUGUCGUUACCAGAGAAGAAAGCGUCGCCAAAUAUUGUGCCAAUAUGCAACACGACGCAGUGCAUAGAGUCAACGCUCUACGAUCUGAGGCUGCCCUUGAUCUCUUUAAACAGGAAUUUCGACGGGCCCGAACAUCUAGGGAUGCACAGAUGCCGACGGAAGGAAUACUAAUCCAUGUGUUGGCCAAGUGCGGUGGAAUCCCAGAAGUAAUAAUCUCUCUAGCAAGAUAUGCUGCCUCCCUGCAACAAGACGUACGGCAAAGGAAGUUGAACGAUCUCAAUGCCAACUCCAUGCGUGAGCUGGAGACCAAACCCGAGUUUGUUGGCUUGCGGGAUCUAUUUGCCUGGAUGCAUGUCCGUUUCGAUGAACUGCCGCAGUCUAUCAAGACAUGCAUCCUGUAUCAGUCGGUGUUCUACCAAGCCAAGAGAAUCCGGCGGAGCCAUUUCGUGCGGCGGUGGAUAGCGGAGGGCUACUCCAAGGGCACCGAGAGCAAAGCCAUGGAGGGCUACACGGGCGAGCUCUUCGACAGGCUCGCCAAACAGAUCACUACCAUGGACGAGUGGCGGUUCAAUAGCUUCUUCCACGAGUACAUCAACUCACGUCUCAUGGAAGAGGGAGUGGUUUUGUUUCCACUGGUAGUGUCUGUGUUGGAGGGUACUCGGAGCCUAACCACGCAAGGCAUGGGGCAGCACCUGGUCAUUGCGAGCAGCUGGAAACGAGACGAGGAGUAUCUGUACGAGGACAUGGACGUGUCACAUCUACAGUCUUUGACAGUGCAUGGAACGUGGAGGCCAUUCUUCGUCCCUAACAAGAUGAAAUCCGUUCGGGUGCUGGACCUGGAGGGCACUGCGCAUGCUGGUCUUGGGGAGGAUGAACUCGGGCGGAUCCUGGAGCUUCUUCCUCGCCUCAGGUUUCUCUCAAUAAGAGGACACAGGCAAAUCACUCAUCUCCCGGAUACCUUGUCUGGCCUCAAGUUUCUCCAGACUCUGGAUAUCAGGCACACCUCGGUUGUCUACGUUCAGCUGGAGGCGGCGCUACAGGAGCUGCAGUACAUUCGUGCAGGCACCACUGCUACUGCUAUUGCAUCCGAGGAGCCAUCGACUGGCUCGUGCAAUGUUGCGGUGGUUUCUUCUUAUUACUUGCCCAAGUUCCUCAGACGUGGACCUGUUGGCCCUUGUCAGGGCGUCAGGAUGCCUACAGGAAUCCGCCACCUGAAAAACCUGCACACGCUCGGUGCCGUGCACAUCAAUUCUGCAGGCGGAGCUGCCAUUCUGGAUGACAUCUACCAUCUUAAACAGCUCAAGAAGCUAGAAGUGUCAGGUGUCAACCGGGAAAACAGCGAGCGUUUGUGUCGCUCGAUCAUCAAUCACAAAAAUUUGGAGUCCUUGUCGCUGCAGCUCGACAAGGAGAAACAUGUUGUCUGCUGGGAUCACAUCGCCCCUCCUCCCAGCGUGCGGAGCCUUAAGCUGUAUGGGCAUGUGCUGGAGCUAUCUUCUCCGAGGUUCAACAACCUUAGGAACCUAAGGAAGUUGACCCUAGAGACGAAUAGUACAAUAUUCAUGGUAAACAUACAGCUCCUCGGAAGAGUACCAAGUCUGCGAACUCUACAUCUUCAAGUUAAGCAAAAUCAAGAUGGUACCCUCCUGUUUUCAGCCGAUCUUUUCAGCGAACUGGAACAUCUCAAGCUUACUUGCAUAUCCAGAUCCAAGAAAUACGUAAUAUUUGACGAACGAGCAAUGAAGAAGCUUGAGCUACUUAAUGUCCACUGCCAUGAUGGGUCGUCGCUGCGGUUUUAUGGGCUAAAGAAUCCAGUUUCCCUCACGCAAGUGCGGGUUCAGGGUAUCUCAGGCGAUGCAGUCCAGCAGUAUCGGGAUCAACUGGCUGAGCAUCCGACAAGACCUGCUUUAUAUUUAAGCUAGACAACGUACGUACACCCUGCCAGCAGGUGUCCAGAUUUUCCUGUCUAGCGUGGUCUUUCUUUUCUUUUUUUUCUUAAGCACCGUUAGGGGUGUAUAUUAAUUAGAAGGAGUCAUAAUUACAAGAAGAUCGAUUUCACGGUAGUUAAGUAAUUACUGAGAGAGUAACUACUGAGAGGUACCAAAAUUUUAGUGUAAAAUUUAUUAUCUCAUGGUACCAAA